GAAAUCAGUAGUUUUUAUCUUUUCUAUGUGGUUUCUGCAACUGAUUAUGAAGAGGCACUCGGCUUGGUUUGUUAAAAGUAACAGGGAAGAAUUAAACAUGAUGGCAAGUGUGUUGCUCCUCCAACGUCAUUCUGUAUUCAUGAAGUUAUUGCUAAUACUUAUUCUUAUCAGAAGUGGCAGCGCUCAUAACGAGUGCGAUCGUGAAAAAUUGUCUUGUGGGCGGGGCCAACCCCUUAUCAGAUUUCCCUUCCAACUCGUGAAGGAGUUGGAGGAGCCAUGCAGUUAUCCCCGUCUUUGUCUUUCUUGUACUGAAAAACAUCAGACCAUGCUUCUGCUUCCUACGGUCAAACUCCAAGUCAAUUACAUAUUCUAUGAAUAUCAGAAAAUUUCCUUAACUGACCCGGAAAACUGCUUUUCCAACAAGUUUAUGCAAAUCAUCAAUUUUGUUCAGAGUUACCAAUUUGAAUCACUAUAUUAUGAACCAUACAGUAACUUGAGCUUCUUCAACUGUACUUCAGCUGGGCAUCGACAACUCCGCUACCGGGAAUCAUAUUUCCAAGAUUUGGUCUCCUGUCCGAUUUUCAUUUCUGAUUCUUUUGAAAGUGUCCUCGAAUUAGAUCUAACAUCCUGUACCAAGAUGUUCGACAUCCCUUCGCCAAUCCCUUCCACCUACAGGUAUCCCUUGGAUUUGAAAUGGUUCAAACCAAAUUGUUCCGAGUGCGAAGCUAAAGGCAAGAGAUGUAAAUGGAAGACCAACAACGACACAGAAGGAGACAUCGAAUGUUUUGAAUGCACACGAAAAAGAAUUCACGUUCCUAAAUAUCUUAUUUUUGCUACUACAGGUUCGAUCUUUUUGGGGCUGGUGGUCACUGCUGUCUUUAAGAGCAUUGUCUAUUUUAGGGAAAAACAAGAAGAUCAAGCAAGAGUGGACAAGUUUUUAGAUGACUACAGGGCAGAAAAGCCUGCAAGAUUCACCUACGCUGACCUUAAAAGAAUCACCAAUGGCUUUAAGGAAAUGUUAGGAGAAGGAGCUCAUGGGGCUGUGUUCAGAGGUAAACUUUCCAGUGAGAUACCCGUGGCUGUGAAGAUCCUCAACAAUACAGAGGGAGAAGGGAAUGAGUUCAUCAAUGAAGUGGGAAUUAUGGGCAAAAUCCAUCACAUCAACGUGGUGCGCUUGCUUGGCUUCUGUGCAGAAGGACUCCAUCGUGCUCUUGUCUACAAUUUCUUUCCAAACGGUUCCUUACAAAGCUUCAUUUUUCCUCCCGAAGACAAGGACCAUUUCCUUGGCUGGGAGAAGCUUCAACACAUUGCUCUUGGUAUAGCUAAAGGGAUUGAGUAUCUUCAUCAAGGUUGCAAUCAUCCCAUUAUUCACUUUGACAUCAAUCCUCACAACGUGUUACUUGAUGACAACUUCACUCCAAAAAUAUCUGAUUUUGGCUUGGCCAAAUUGUGUUCCAAGAAUCCCAGUUUGGUGUCCAUGACAGCUGCUAGGGGAACCUUGGGAUACAUUGCACCUGAAGUCUUCUCUAGAAACUUUGGAAACGUGUCUUACAAGUCUGAUAUUUACAGUUAUGGAAUGUUGUUGUUAGAAAUGGUUGGUGGGAGGAAGAAUGUGGACAUGUCUUCUCCAGAAGAUUUCCAUGUUCUGUACCCUGAUUGGAUCCAUAACCUGGUUGAUGGAGAUGUGCAUAUCCAUGUUGAGGAUGAAGAUGAUUUUAAGAUUGCAAAGAAACUAGCAAUUAUUGGGCUUUGGUGCAUUCAGUGGCAGCCAGGGAACCGUCCAUCCAUAAAAUCUGUGAUACACAUGCUAGAAACUCAAGAGGAAAACCAGAUUGCCAUGCCUCCUAAUCCAUUUCACUCCGCAACUUCCACUACAGGUAAGGGACCCAUUUCGACAAGACGACCUUUGCAUUUGGAAGUGAUUGAAGAAUGAUUUCCACAGGAAAAUAUAAUCUUUCAAUUUGUACAAAAUUUAUAUCAGAUGAAAGUUUAUGAGACAUUGAAGCAAACAAGUUAUAUAACAAAAUCAGUAAAAUUGAACUCCAGAGCUCGUUUGUAACUUUACUAGGGGUUGCCAUGAUCUUUCCAUUAGUGUUGGUACUUUUAGAGAUUCAACUAGUGACUUUGUUGGUGCUUUUAAUAUUUUUAAUGUUGUUGACGCUCUCACAACAAUGAUCCGUUUUAACUUUCCCGUUUGAAUGAUGUAAUUCAUUAUGGUUGGAAUGCUACUCACCCUAUUGUGGUUCAAGCUUUUCAUUCCAA